CGUGUAGAUACUACCAUUUCUCUGGUUCCAAGAAACCGACGCUCUCUGUCUGCGGAAGAAACCGGAUAAUAGAACGAAAUCAAGAGCUCUGAUUUUCUUCCCCAAAUCCCUUCUCUCUCUCUCUCUCUCUCUCUCUCUCUCUGUGAGAAGAAUUGAAGAUGCUGCAGGUCGGUCUCCAGCCCCACCUGUUUCAGAUAAAAUAACGAUGGCUGACUUUAGGGUGAUGUAAAUUCGGUUGGGAUUUAUUUAUUUAAGUUCAAGAAUGGCGGCUGGUCAGCAAAAAAAGCGGUUGAACUCUUCCAGUGUUGUGAGCUGCAAUUUGCAGGAGCAGUAUAGGGGAAAAAAGAAAAAGCAUCUGGAAUCAUCUCGAAAUGUGUUCAACAUGAGACCUCAUAUUUCUCUAGAGUGGGAUGAUGCUCAAAAGAGAACUGUGGCCAAGAAGGAGCAGAUCGGGAUAACUUGGAGAGAUGUUGGUCCCUUUGUAGGUUCUGUUCCUCAGUUCCACAUGGGUUUAGCAGAUGUCUUUCCCAUUCCAGAAGAAAUCUUUGGGUUGGAGAAUCUGACUGGGGUGCUUUCACGCGAGGUUUGGGAGACACAUCUAUCAGAAUCGGAGAAGAAGUUUCUCAUUCAGUUUCUUCCCAGAGGGACUAAUGUGGAUCAAGUAGUUGAAGCAUUGCUUAUGGGGGAAAACUUUCACUUUGGAAAUCCUUUCCUCACAUGGGGUGCUUCACUUUGUUCUGGUAAUCUUCAUCCAGAUGCCGUUCUUAAUAGGGACAAAUGUUUCAGGGCGAAUAAGAAGGCUUAUUAUGCAGAGCUACAGAAGUAUCACACUGAUAUUUUGGAGAAUUUGAAAAAGUGGAAGGAUAGAUGGUCAAGGUGUAAGGAUCCAGAAAAGGAUAUUGUUGAGAAGAUGUGGAGAUGUAGGUUAAAGAAUGCUGAAAACAGUCAUUCAUCACAUCCAAAUGAAUCUAGAGAGCAUGAUCCAGAAGAGAACCAUACAGCCACUGCUGAUUCUUGCUCCGGGGUUGCAGAUGAGCAGGUUUGUAUCAGUAACAAAGAAAGAACUUUGGACUUGAAGGGUGGAGAGCUUCAGGAAAGGAAAGCAUCCAGGAAGCAUAAACAAGGAAAUGUGUCAGUUGCUUCAGGACAGGGCAAAGUGGUCAUUAAUUCUGGAAAAGAAGAAAAGCCACACAAGCUUUACGUCCGCUCUGGUGAUGCCGCUAAAUACAUGUCUUAUUUCAAGAUAAGCAGGAAGCAGCACCAAUUGGUUAAGAAGAUAAAGCAAAGUGAUGAGGGCAUUCAAUCCAAAUCCCUUAACCGUGUUUUGGGUGACAUCAAAAGUUUUGAUGUACAACCAUACAAAGCAUUUGAGGAGGAAGAAUGGAAGAAGUUGCACGAGCAUUGGUUGCAAUUGGCAUGCAGAGAUCUCCCAGCAGCUUUCACAAACCACAGCAAAAGGCAGUUGCAGAGGCGACAAUGGAGGAAGUCUUUGGAGCAAGAGAUUGCGGACAAAAAGAUAAUUGUAACAAAUGAGGAUGUGAAUGGGGAGGAAAAGGAUCCUGAAACGCCACUUAAAGAACAAGGAGAUAAUAGCAGGGAAACCGAACAAGGGCCCACCAUCAAUACACAGAAGUGCGAAGACCACAAUGAUUCGGUUCCUCACUCCACCCAUUGCCCGCCUCUUCAGCGAAUUCCUUCGCUCAACAGACCUCAUGAUGAGCUUGAGCCCAUGGUUCUAGAUUCAGAAGAUUGCAACCAAGUGAUCUUAAAACAGGAAGGCAAUGCUCCCAUUCCUUCAAAGUUCUUGGAGAAGAUGAAUCCUACAGAGGAUGUUGCCAAACCCAAAGCUUCUGCCACUUCUGCUAAAGAUGUCUGGCAGGGAGUAGAAAUUCCCAAUUCAUACUACCACCCUACUUCAAUGAGCCAUGGAUACAAGUCUUCCAGUGAGUUAUCACCAGGGAAACAGCAGCUUGUUGAAGAGCAGCCCACUCGCAUGAUUGAUUUGGAGACCAACAUGCCCAAAGAAGAGCCUCGAGAACCGCUGUUGCAUGGACCAUCUGACAACCCCAGAACAGCUCUGCACGUGGACAAUGGGCCACCUUUGUUUUGUUCAUAUGCAAACCAAGACCAUAGCGAGCUACUCCCGACCUUCCUCAAGGGGCAGGAAAUGCUUCAGUCUUAUCCGGAGGAGCCUACAAAUAGCCUAAAACAAUCAGGAUUACAGUUUCUGACAGGAAACAACUGCCCAAGUGAAAAUGGGCAGUUUCCUGGGCAGUUCCAGGAGCAGCAGCAGCAGCGGUUGUUUGAGGACAGACAGAUAAGAGAGAAAGACUUGUACCUGCACCAAAUCAUGCAGAAGAAUAUGUAUUCCAACGGCAGAUACCCAACCCAAGAACUCUUCUCUUCAGGCGACAUACAGGAGUGGCCUGCUGAUCCUGUCCGCGCAGCUCCUUUCCAGCCUCCGGUUAAUGGUGGGAUGUUAGGUCACAAUUGGUUCUCUGGUGAUCAUCGGGCCCGUAAUGGCUGGUCUGGCACUGAGGUUUCCGGCACCACAGGUCAGUGCCUGGAAGGAGGCAGUAGCAAUACAGACGGAAGCCUCUUCAGUGUCCUAUCCCAAUGUAACAAGUUACAAGCCCAUUCACAAAACAAGUCCACAGACUCCAAGCAACAUGCUCCAGCAAGGAACUUUGUCAGUGGGGGAAUUUCAGGCAAUGGUGAUAUUUUCACAUUCACCUCUAAUCAAACCAGCUAUUCAAGCGCACGCGAAUCCUCCGCCUCUGCCGCCAUGCCAUGGACGAACUUGCCUCGUUCGAAUCCUGGCCCCCAUGAUUCAAUUGAGAAACCAUUUUUGAGGUCUUGGAACAAGUAGUGGGACACGCAAGUGGCCACCAUCAGCAUUCGCAUGCUUGGCUUGUUUGUGCAUUCUCAUGCCCCUUGCAUGCCCAAGGAAUACAUGAGCAUGUUUUUUUUUUUUUUUGUUUAAAUAGAUGGGGUUAAAAGAAUUUGCCAUCUUGGGAGGGAGGGAGCUACUAUGAUGGCAAGAUGUAUGCAAGAAAAAGAAGGCAGCAUGGUUCAUGUACAUAUCCACACAUAUCAUCUCAACCAUUCCCAUGUAUAUAUAUCUAUAUCUAAAUAUUAAAGAGGGAGAAAGAGGUCUUGGAAUAUGCAAUGUAAGGAACAACUAACUAGGCACCGCUUGUGUCUGGGAAAUUAAGUAUUAUUUUAUUUUAGGGUCUUUCCCUAUCUUGUUGAGGUUCCUAGUUUAGCAUAUUUUGGGGUCUAAUGACAUCAAUGGAAGCAGAUACCUUGACACAAUAAUAGUUCAUUCCAAACCUUGUUAUUCA